CCCAGCCCGGCCCUGCCCAGCGCGCCGGGCGCGGCCGACGCCGCCCGUCCCCUCCCCGUGGGCUGACAGACAGGUAUGGUCCUGAACAUCGUGAGCACAUGACUUCAGAGAUGGACAACCGGAUCUGUUACAAGCUGUGAUUGGCCUUAAGUUGACUUAUAAACCGUUGAAGAGCUUAACAGGAAUUGUCAUUCCUGAUUUUUUGCCUAUCUGAUUGCCUCACACCACCAGCUGAAGCAUGUAUGGAAGCGCUCGUUCUGUGGGCAAGGUGGAGCCCAGCACGCAGAGCCCAGGGCGCUCCCCGCGCCUGCCACGCUCGCCUCGCCUGGGCCACCGCCGAACCAACAGCACGGGGGGCAGCUCGGGGAGCAGUGCUGGGGGUGGCAGUGGGAAAACCCUUUCUAUGGAAAACAUCCAGUCCUUAAAUGCUGCCUAUGCCACGUCUGGCCCUAUGUACCUAAGUGACCAUGAGAACGUGGGUGCAGACACCCCGAAGAGCACCAUGACCUUGGGCCGGUCGGGGGGGCGGCUGCCUUACGGUGUUCGGAUGACUGCCAUGGGCAGCAGCCCUAACAUUGCCACUAGUGGAGUUGCCAGUGAUACCAUUGCAUUUGGAGAGCACCAUCUCCCCCCAGUGAGCAUGGCAUCCACUGUGCCUCACUCGCUGCGCCAGGCCAGGGAUAACACCAUCAUGGAUCUGCAGACGCAACUCAAGGAGGUGCUGCGGGAAAACGAUCUGCUCCGCAAGGAUGUGGAGGUGAAAGAAAGCAAGCUGAGUUCUUCCAUGAACAGCAUCAAGACCUUCUGGAGUCCUGAGCUCAAAAAGGAGAGAGCUCUGAGGAAGGAUGAAGCUUCAAAAAUCACCAUUUGGAAGGAGCAAUACAGAGUUUUGCAAGAAGAAAACCAGCAUAUGCAGAUGACUAUCCAGGCUCUCCAAGACGAGCUGAGGAUCCAGCGGGACCUGAACCAGCUGUUCCAGCAGGACAGCAGCAGCAGAACCAGCGAGCCUUUCGUGGCAGAGCUGACGGAAGAGAACUUCCAGCGGCUGCACGCAGAGCACGAGCGCCAGGCCAAGGAGCUCUUCCUGCUACGGAAAACCUUGGAGGAGAUGGAGCUACGGAUUGAGACACAGAAACAGACCUUAAAUGCACGGGAUGAGUCCAUCAAAAAGCUGCUGGAGAUGCUGCAGAGUAAAGGUCUGUCAGCAAAAGCCACUGAGGAAGACCAUGAGCGGACGCGACGGCUGGCUGAGGCAGAGAUGCAUGUCCACCACUUGGAAAGCCUUCUUGAACAGAAGGAAAAAGAAAACAAUGUGCUGAGAGAGGAAAUCCAUCGUCGAUUUGAGAACACUCCCGACACAGCCAAGACAAAAGCUCUCCAAACUGUUAUUGAGAUGAAGGAUUCAAAAAUUUCUUCCAUGGAGCGUGGCCUCCGGGAUUUGGAAGAGGAGAUUCAGAUGCUGAAGUCAAAUGGAGCCCUGAGCACAGAGGAACGUGAGGAGGAAAUGAAGCAAAUGGAGGUGUACCGCAGCCACUCCAAAUUCAUGAAAAAUAAGGUAGAGCAACUGAAGGAAGAGCUAAGUGCCAAAGAGGCUCAAGGGGAGGACCUGAAAAAAAGAGUGACUGGUCUCCAGACUGAGAUUGGCCAGGUGAAACAGGAGCUGUCACGCAAGGACACCGAGCUGCUGGCCCUGCAGACCAAGCUGGAGACCCUCACCAAUCAGUUCUCUGACAGCAAGCAGCACAUUGAAGUUCUCAAAGAAUCUCUUACAGCUAAAGAGCAGAGAGCUGCCAUCCUGCAGACAGAGGUGGAUGCACUGCGGUUACGUCUGGAAGAGAAGGAGACAAUGCUGAACAAGAAGACAAAGCAGAUCCAGGAGAUGGCAGAGGAGAAGGGGACUCAAGCAGGAGAGAUCCACGACCUCAAGGACAUGCUGGAGGUGAAGGAACGCAAAGUUAAUGUUCUGCAGAAGAAGAUUGAAAACCUUCAAGAGCAGUUGAGAGACAAGGAGAAGCAGAUGAGCAGCUUAAAGGAUCGAGUGAAAUCCUUGCAGGCUGACACCACAAACACUGACACUGCCUUGACCACGCUGGAAGAAGCCUUGGCAGAAAAAGAAAAGACCAUUGAGCGUUUAAAGGAGCAGCGUGACAGAGAUGAACGAGAAAAACAGGAAGAGAUCGACAACUACAAGAAAGACAUUAAGGACCUGAAAGAGAGAGUCAGCAUUUUACAAGGAGAUCUCACAGAGAAAGAGACAUCAUUACUGGAUCUUAAGGAACAUGCUUCAUCAUUAGCUUCAUCAGGACUGAAGAAAGAUUCGAGACUCAAGACACUGGAAAUUGCAUUAGAACAGAAAAAGGAAGAAUGUUUGAAAAUGGAAACACAAUUGAAGAAGCACCCUGAAGUUUUAUUGAGUCAUCCAUCCAAGCUAGCUCAUGAGGCAACGCUGGAGGCGAGGGCCAGUCCUGAGCUGAGCGACCGAAUGCAGCAGCUGGAAAGGGAGGUGUCACGGUACCGGGAAGAGUCUGGCAAGGCUCAGGCUGAGGUGGAUCGGCUUCUGGAGAUCUUGAAAGAGAUGGAGAAUGAGAAGAAUGACAAGGAUAAGAAGAUAGCAGAACUGGAAAGAAAGCACGGCUCCCGCAAAUUGCACCCUCCCUACCAGGUGUUGGUGCCCGCACCGCAACACGUAGGGGGGUUUGUGUGGGACUUCCUGGGAAACCUCACCUCAAGGCAAGUUAAAGAUCAAAAUAAGAAAGUAGCAAAUCUGAAGCACAAAGAACAAGUGGAGAAAAAGAAGAGUGCACAGAUGCUGGAGGAGGCCAGGAGACGAGAGGAUAACCUUAACGAUAGCUCCCAACAGCUUCAGGACAAUCUGCGUAAAAAGGAUGAUCGGAUUGAAGAAUUGGAAGAGGCACUCAGAGAAAGUGUUCAGAUAACUGCAGAGCGGGAAAUGGUGCUAGCACAAGAGGAGUCAGCCAGGAUCAAUGCUGAGAAACAGGUAGAAGAACUGAUGAUGGCCAUGGAGAAGGUCAAACAGGAGCUGGAGUCAAUGAAAGCAAAGUUGUCCUCAACACAGCAGUCUUUGGCUGAGAAGGAAACACACUUGACCAACCUACGAGCUGAAAGAAGGAAACAUUUGGAGGAGGUCCUGGAAAUGAAACAAGAAGCCCUUCUUGCUGCCAUUAGUGAAAAAGAUGCCAAUAUUGCUCUGCUAGAGCUUUCAUCCUCUAAGAAGAAGACUCAGGAUGAAGUGGCUGCACUGAAACGAGAAAAGGACCGUCUUGUGCAACAGCUCAAGCAGCAGACUCAGAACCGUAUGAAGCUGAUGGCUGACAACUAUGAGGAUGACCACCUCAAAUCCUCAUCCCAUUCCAACCAAACCAACCACAAGCCCUCCCCUGACCAGAUCAUUCAGCCCCUCUUAGAACUUGACCAGAACCGCAGCAAGUUGAAGUUGUACAUCGGCCAUCUGACAGCCCUGUGCCACGACCGCGACCCCCUGAUCCUGCGUGGGCUCACCCCGCCUGCCUCCUACCACCUGGAUGAUGACCAGGCAGCCUGGGAGAAGGAGCUGCACAAGAUGACCCAGGAGCAGCUGCACAAUGAGCUGGAGAAGGGCGAGAGGGAGAGCGUGGAGCUGCAGGAGUUCGCCAACGCCAUCCUGCAGCAGAUCGCGGAUCACUGCCCCGACAUCCUGGAGCAGGUCGUCAACGCCCUUGAGGAGUCCUCCUGACCUCAGCCACCACAGCACACCAGUGGCCAAGCCCAGUCAGUCCACGGAGCCAAGGGAGUGGAGAGCAAUGUGAAAGACAGAGCAUGGAAUAGAAACUUUUGGUGCACCUUUGACAACAAAAAAAAGGCAAAAAAAAAACCCUUCUAAAAACUACAUGCUCUCUAGGUUCUUCCAGUCUAUGAUUAAUCAGCUGUUUUUAUAUUCAUCUUCUCACUGCCUUUCUACUUUAGAAUCCAAUUCCCCAUUGACUUUGUUGGUGGUGACUUAUGGAUACAGCUAAGCAGAGCUCUUCCAAGUCUACUGAGCAAAGAAGAGGGGAUCCACUGAACACAAGCAGCUCUAGUUCUCCAUGAGGUUGCAGAAGAGUAGCCCUCUCCUUCCAUUAAUAUAUUGCUUUUUCCUUUUUAUCUUCUUUCCUUAUUCCUGUUUUUAUUUUCAUGAAAGCUGAAAGCCUGAAUUUUAUAGUGCUAAAACCAAACCUGAGUGUGCUCUGAUUAUGGCUCAUGGGUGGCCAGCAUCAGCUAGCUCAGGUCUUGCUGCCUGUCUCAAUGCUUCUUAUUUUCUUACAUAACAGAGUGAGGAAAGGAAAGUUUCCUUCCUUGCUCCUGUUAGUCAUUUCAUCUAGCAGCUGGAAAAAAGGUAGGCAUACUGGUACUUUCUGUUUACUUAACUUGGAUUUUUAUUGUUCACUGGUCUGACUCUGAAGUGCUAGGUGGGACAUUUUUUGAUCUGUUGAAUUUUGGGGGGUUUUAGAUGAGGCUUCUCAUCAUAGGUCUGUGUCUCCGAAGUUCUUACUUUAUAGAGAGCUCUCUCCCUUCGAGCAGGUGUGCUCAACAGGUCAGUUCCCAGCUUUAACUUGUAUAAUUUGUCCAGUUUUUGAGGCCAUAACUUUGUGAGCACUAGGUCAGUUCCCAGCUUUAACUUGUAUAGUUUGUCCAGUUUUUCAGGCCAUAACUUUGUGAGCACUAGCUGUCAUCAGAAUAGUCUUAGGCAUUCUGUAAAUGAGAAAUUUGCAUCAUUGAGCUUAAAAGUAUAAUUUAAAAGCUAAGUUAGGUAAAUCAGUAGCACAGUUCUUACUAUAAUUAUAAUUUAAUUUAUUUUGGUUUAGCUUACAUUGACAAGGAAUGAGUUUUGAGUUCAGGGCAAUAACCCUUAUGAAGAGGAGCAUCUCUGCUGGAGUAGGCACCCAGCUGAGUAGACAGGUGUAAAAUCACAGCUUUACUUAAACCAGUGCAAUUCUUCUGUGUAUAUGAGAGGCCUUAGUUUUAUUCCCAUCCACAUUUGACACUCAUUACAGCUCCUGCUGAUAGGUAAUAUGACCUGAAAUCCCAGGUCAGUUUGUCAUUGUGGUAGCAAGUCAGAAAUCCUGUUUUAUGAGUAGGACUUGGGUGUUCAUUCUUGGACUAUGCAUUAAUGGGGAGACACAUUUUUCCUGGCUGCCAGUGGUUAUGUGUGUCAGGGGGCAUCUGCAGGACAGAACCCUGUAGCUUGUCCCCAUGUGCUCAUUAAAGGAGCUGCUGCCUUUGGCUGGCUCAUAUUACUUCAGAAAGCAAAGGGAAGGCAAAAGGAGACCAAAUAGCAACACAGCAGUGGAAAAAAUCUUGGUUUUCUGGUCACUAGCUAAUUAUGAAUCAAUCCUCUCAGUAAACUUCCCAUUCAGACAGAGCCUGCAGUUUAAUUGCAUAUGACUUACUACAUUUUGAGCUUAAUCACUAAGCUGGUUAUGCUAAGGAAAAUGUUCCAGGCCCUUUCAAGAAAAAUGCCUUUUUUAUGUCUCUCAGAUCCACAGUACAGCUCACCCUGUAGGCCUUUCACACCUUGUUUUUAUCUUGAGCAGUGACCAAUUGCGUCCAACAAGGAGAUCAACACAAGUAUGAGUAAGAGAAGAUGUACCCUGUAGUUUUUUUCGAAACAAGCACUGAAAAUUGGGCAAAACUGUAACCUUGUGUACCUAUAGACUCUAUUGAAAACUCGCUGAUUUAAAAUAAAUCACAUCCCCAUUUAUUCUACUGUAAUAAUUCAGCAGAAGGAGCUGCAUUCAUAGCCAAGGUGUCUAGGAAGAAGUAAGUCUCAAAAGAAGAGGUGAAUCACUCCUUUUCUAAUUUUGGGAUUGCCAGUGCUUUGCAAAUCAGAACUAGCUUUAGUUCUUCCUGUAAUAGCAGCCUGUGUGUGAAGCUUUUUUUUGUGUCAUGUGUGAGGAGAGUAAUGGGAACCUGAAUGUGCGGAAGGGGGGAAUGCCGGAAAGCCAGCAGACAGUGACUGUACACACUGCUGGGCCUUGCCUCAUCCCAGAACCACCCCUUUGGUCCCAUUAUUUGAGUCAGCACGUUUGGUAGGAGCUGUUGUUUUGAAAUCUUUCCUCUUGCUUUUUCUUCAUCACCCCUAAUUACUCACUCAAGGAAUUUAGUGCCGCCUGUAAAAGCAUCAGAGCCAUCAGCCCAGCAUCAUCGCCCACUGCCACCCCUCCUGACUCUCUCAUUAACUUAUAUGGUCAAAUCUCCAGCUGCCCUGGUUCCCUGCUGUAAAACAAUCCUUCCUCUGUGAGAAGCUGUGGAAUUUCCCUUAUCGAUGGUUCAAAUGACUCCUGCUUGUAAACCUCUUACUGAGAUGUUCCUUGAUAGCGUUUCUGCUGGAGGCAGGGGCAGGGGGAGGGGAUAGGAGCGAGGGGCGAUCACUUUGGGCUGUUAUUUCAAUUCCCUGGCUUUACUGCAUUGCCCACACAUCACAGGGAAGUGCUGCUGCUCCUUCAGCAUCUCCAACUCAGAUUGUGGCUGCAUCUCUGUAGUUCAAAGUGCCCCAGCCAAAGGCCUGGUGCUGUCAUGGCAGCAUGUGCAGGAUCUGUGCAUCGGCAGCCAGGUGAAGCUCACUGUUUACACAUCUCCCAGCCUCUUCCCAGGGAGGAUUUGUCAAGCCUGGCUGGUUUUCACACUGGCCAUUUGGUCCUUUAUCUGCCAGCCACACACCUGCUGUUCCUUCCAUCUGAAUUGUUGGGCCCUGGUGGUUUUUCUCGUUAACCACUGUUAUCUCCUAGGUCUUGUAGGCUUCUCAUCUUAAAGAUUGAUCUUAGACCUCUGUAAAAUGCUUUCAGGGAGGGAGCAGAUCUUAUUUAGGAACAGUCUUGAUCCAGCUUGAUCUCCAUUGAACUGUUUAAGGUAAUCUGUCUGAUCCGAUGUCGACAGAGAUCCUGUGGUGAAUAGCUUGAGGAACUUUGGAGUUUGGGAGGUACUGCUGGCCACGAUUUAAUGCUGAAUGUGACCACUGAAAGCUUUUUCUUUUCACUCUUACGGUGUACCACACCAUUGGCCUUAAGGCAACAAAGGGAUUUUAUUCUCAUAACCCAUCAUGGAAUUGCGUAUGAAGCACAAGCCAUGUGUGGCAUACCCUGCAAUGCUCAUGCAGUUGCCUAACCCACCACUGCUCUUUUAAAAUCUUGCUCCCAAGUGUCAGCGGCCAGGCAGAUGCAGACAGUUUCCUACCCCAGUGGUCCUGCAGUGCAGCAGCUCUAGGAAAUCAGGGGCCCUUCCCAGAGACCCUGGGGAAAUUUGCUUUUUCUUCUCCUGUUGAAUGAAGUUCCAUUUGCUACAGGAGCUGUGAAAGUUUUAACUGCUUUAAUAUUACUUUUUUUUUCUCCUGAGUUGUCAUUUGUAGAGAAGCUGAGAGAUGUGAGGACUCAAGGAGCUGUUUGUAGAAAAUUAAGUAGGUGAUUUUGGCAGGGUUUGGGCUAAAAAAUAACUGAAGCCUGAAGCCCAUGUGCACUGUAAAAGCUGACACUGCAACCACACUUGUUCAUGAUAUCCACAAGUCCAAGUCCAUAUUUUCCUCUGAAUCCAACCUCAUGUAAAACACUAAAAGGACAUAACACUAGAAUUGCAGAGUGAGAACAUGAGCACUGUUUGCCAUUGGCAUGCUCCCAAAUGAAGCUCUGAGCUUCUCGAAGUAUUCUCUCUCAUUUUGACUGUCUUUAACCAGCUUUCACUGCAGAAAAUGCCAAACCCUCUUUGGAGUAUCCAGUUAUUGCCAAGUCCUGGGGAUGGAAAGUGAAGGUCCGACGUGAUGCGCGGAGCCGCGUGCGCCGUUUCUCAUUGCACGGCUGGAAUAUCCCUUCUCUAGAAAAUUUCCUGGUGCUUCAGGGCUCUGAAAUUUGCACAAGGGGGCAUAAAUGUCAUCAGUCUUGUAGAGAUAACCCUGGUUUUUGAACCAAAGGGGCAUCUCUUUUCAUUUGCCCUGUGAUUUCCACGUGUUCUGCUGCUAGCGCUCAAUUUGUUGGGAAUUUUUUACAUCUGCUGAGGGUUGGCAGGGUUGAGUCCCCACUCCUGUACUAAUUGCCAAUCGCUGCCACUGCAGGGGUCUUUACAAAGGAUGUAGAGUCAUGCACUGAGACCAUUUUAAAGCAAAAAUGGCACUGCAUAUGUCAUGUGUAUAUCCCUCCAACGACUCCAGUGAAAUGCUAAAGGGAAAGAGUACAAUCAAGGCAUCUGAUCCUGGAAGGAAGCCUCUCCUCAGCUCAACGCCUGCACUGUGGAAGAGGGACCUGGAGAGGCUGUGGAUAACCAACACUGCCCCAGCGGAGCCGGCAGGGUGGGAGGGCUGGGCACGGGGCAUCAGGGGUGUCAUGCCUGGCAAGGCCAACUCUGCUGACCCCUCUCAUCUGUGUGGUGAGGAAGAGGAGUGUCAGAGGUUUUUUUAAAACAAAACUAUGUUUUUAAUUGUUUUUUCCACAUCAAUGGAAGGAACCUUACACAACAGCAGAUCCUUCUGAACAAAAUGGCUGUGUCCGCUGACUAUUUUUAAAACUAAAAAAAAAAGAGAAAAACUGUUUCAAAACUUUUUAGUGUCAAAAGCAUAAACUCAGAAAUCCUGACUUUUUCCAGUGUGUGUGGUGAGUGCUGUAACCCUGUCAUCAGUAUCUCCCCUGACUUUUUCAGGGGUGUUUUUUUCCUGUUUUGUUUUCUGCUUGUCAAUAUUGUCUGUGUGGUCCUAAGGCUGGGGCAGUUACCAACAAUGUGUGUCUGUUGUCAGAUUGAAACAAAGAUAGUAGUAGAACUGAAAAAGAUGUGUUUUUAAAAAAUAUAUAAAAAACAAAUUUCAUUAAAAGGAAUUCAAGUAAAGAAGCAACAAAGCCAUGACUCCUCCUCUCGGGAUUGUACAGAAAAGAAUUUGUGGGCUUAUAAUUAUAACCAGUUGCCUUUCACAGGCUUUUGAGGUCCAAGGCAGCUUGGCCUCUUAGGAAAUGUUACAAACCCUGUAUAAAUUCCUCCUUUCCCAGGUUUAUACUGUACAUGUGUAAGACAGAAAUGGGUGGAAUGAAACAGCAUUUUGAAGUCAAUCUUUUCUGGUAGCAGUUAUCAACACCAGGUGUCCCCUAAGAUGGGAACCACUGAUGUGAAUGGGCCAAAUGCUUUGGCCAAAUUUUCUAUUUUCUCCAUCCCACCUCUUGAUGCCAGAGGCAUGAGCAAGUGCAGAUCAGCAAGUGCAGGUAGUUGUGUGUAGGUUCAUUAUCAAAAUUGUAUUUCCGUGCCUCUGGUGUUGGUCACAUACCCAAGCAUGUUAUGGGGCAAGAAAGGACCAGCAGCCACUUUCUGCUCUGGUUACAUCAGACUUGCAUUGCUUGAAAGGAACAACAUGAGGCUAAACUUGUGUGUUAGCUUAACAAAAAGAGCCCUGACAAAUGGCUUUACCAAUGAACAUAGGUAAAGAGUUGCAUUAAGUGAAUGUAUUUUUAUUAUCAGACUUAACCAUCCAUAUGCUGUUGGUCCCCAUUUUGCAAGCUUAGUUCAGAUCUUGAAAAUCAAGUCAGUGUGGUUUGCUUUUAAGCAGAUAUUCCCAUUAGGCUCUAGGUGCUUUGGUAGGGCUUUUUGUUCAAAACACUGGUUUCUUUCACUUGGAAACUGGCAAAAAAAUGAUCUAUUGGUCAUGAUAUACUCUUACUUGUUACAAAAUGUGGUUAUCUUAAAAACCAAAUUCGAAGCCAAAUUUUAAAAGUAGGCACUGUUCCUUUUAUCUGCCCCAUCUUCCCAGCUCCCUGCAGACAAGGCCAAGUCCUCCCUCCCUGGAGUGGCUGCAUUUGGCCCCUCAUUACAUACUCAUUACAGUAUAACUGGGGAUGCUUUAGUGUAAGAUGCCUUUAUUUGUUCAGAUGCUGGAGGAGGAUGAAUCCAAUGGGACCACAAACAGGGGAAUAACUUCUGUGCUAGCCCAACAUGCUGCUCCAAGCCCACUAAAACAGUAUCUUGCCGUUUCCUUCCAAGGCAAUAAAUGAGGAGAGCUGCACACCGAGUUCACAAAUCAUCUGUGGAGUUGAAUUCUCUGGGAUCCUCCAUCCGCUCCACAGACACAGAUCCCUCAUUUGCUUUGGAAGAGACAUGUUGCACUUUAGUGAGGGGGGAGGCAGGCUUUAGGGAUGGGAUCUAGUGUACUUGAAUUCCUUUUGGAAAUGACAGCAGCGGGAGACAUUGGUGUCCGUGAUGCAAAUGCGCACGCUGCCUUCAACUUGUAUGUGUUUUAUUGCUGGAGUCAUGUUAACUGACAGGAUAAUGAAAUUGCAAAGAAAAUGUGUUAUAUUCAACUUUGCCUUGAUAAUAUAAACACUUUGUUCAUUUUUUUUUCUUCUUUUUUUAUUCACAGACUAAGUUCAUCAGGAAAUUAUAAAAUUAUUUAAAAA